AGAGAGGAAGAAAAGAAUGAAAUGAUGAAUUCGAAAAGCAACCAAAAAUUUGAAAAUAGCGAAUAUAGAAAGCAGCAUAUACCAGAUUCCAUAAGCAAAAAUAAGGAGUAAUUGUCAACCGUUUGUUAGUUAAGUUAAAGACGCAGCUGAUGUAUGUAUAGAUUCCGAAGAUCGGCUUUGAAAUUGAGAAGAAAAGGUAAAGCCCAGUUGAGAUGAAGGGUGAUUUGUCAAAUGGAAUAUUGGCGCUUCUCACAAAUCAUGCGUUGCUGUCUGCCUUUCUUGGCUUCGCUAUUGCUCAGUCCAUUAAGUUCUUUACUCUCUGGUACAGGGAAAACCGGUGGGAUCCGAAGCAACUUAUCGGAUCUGGUGGCAUGCCGUCAUCACAUUCAGCUACUGUGACCGCGCUUGCAGUUGGCGUUGGCCUACAAGAGGGUUUUGGAGGGCCGGAGUUUGCAACUGCGUUAGUCUUGGCAUGUGUGGUGAUGUACGAUGCAACUGGUGUAAGAUUACAUGCCGGACGUCAAGCAGAGGUAUUGAAUCAGAUUUUAUGUGAACUUCCAGCUGAGCACCCUCUUGCUGAGAGCAUGCCUCUGCGCGAACUUCUCGGUCACACGCCUACUCAGGUUGCUGCUGGUGCUGUUCUGGGAUCAAUUACAGCAGUAGUUAUAAAUUUAAUAUGAAGCAAUCAGGAUAAAGACUUUGUUUAGUGUUGCUAAAGUCGUGUUGUGUGCGUGUAUUAGUCUAGUUGUAGAGUGGUUAAUGUUGAGACCAAAGGUCUCGAGUUCAAAUUCACUGUGGCACGACCUUCAAAAUUCAUGUUUAUUUAUUCAUAAACAAAAGUCUGUGUUGUGUUUUAUUUCUAUUUUUAAGAGAAUGGGUAGCUUAAAGGUACAUAUCUGAUGUAAAGAUAAAUAGAAAAAUUUGGUUCUAUAAA